AUGGCGCUACGCCUGGACGAAGCAGCCUUCGUUUUCCAGCGGCUGGUCGAGAUCAGCCACCGAGGUCGGCGGUUUUUCGGAGCGCCCGAAGGCACCCAAUUCGAGACGGAUCCCCCGCUGGCGUUUGUCCUCAUGACGACCUGCGUCACCAAGAUGCAUCUGGCACACCGCUUCCGGCCCACCCGGGGCAUCGAGGACCGCCAGAUGAAGCUCCGCAAGGCGCUGGACUUCUUCCCGCUGCUCCAGCUGAUGGGGCACCCGGGGCAUCGGCAGCGACAGCAGCAGGCGCAGCUCGGCGCCGUGCUCUGUUCGCUGCACCGGGCGCUGGAGGCGUACAUGGCGCAGCCGCCGACCGACGGCGGCGACGCCGAGACGGUCCGCGUCCUCGGGGACAUGGAGCGGGACCUCGUGUCCCUGGCCAGCAUCUGCGCGCGCAUGGUGCACGAGCAGCUCCUCGGCAUCUCCAUGGCCUGCCGCGAGCAGCUCGUCCAGUGCAGGCUCCGCCACGGAGGCCAAAACGCCCGCCUGGCGCGGCUGCACCGGGACUUUGACGGGGUGACGUCGGCCGGCUGGGUGUUUAGGGCCUUCUGGAACAACUACUACCCCGAGGUCCGCGUCCUCCUCGAGGACCUCUGCACGCAGCUGGACGCCCAGAUCGAGACGCCGCUCGGGCCCGAGAUGGAGGUGGAGGGCGACGGCGACGUCGAGGGCAGCAGCCGCCUCGCGGCCGCCCUCGAGGUGAGCAUCCAAGACUUGCAGGUCAUGUCCUACCGGAUCGAGGAGAACGAUCAACUCAGCGGUAACUGGGAGAUGGAUCGCUGGGCGAGGUGGGCGGCAGCCAUCAUUCCUGGAGAGGCGCCGCCGCCCGGUGCCGAGCCUGCUCCUCACCAGGUGCCUCGGCAGGAUCUGCUGGUAGAGGUGCCACAGCAGUCAGAGACUCCACGGCCUCUGUGGUUUUACCCCGAGGCACUCACUGUGAACGUUCUUCCGAGGGAACCGGCUCACUAG